AUGCCGGAAUCCGGUCCUUGCAGUCGAGGUGAUGACUCAGCCGGUAACCGCUCCGCGCGGCUGGAUUUGAACCUCGAGUAUUCCUCGCAGCCCUGUAUUGCGGAGCUUAGCGCGGAGCAACGGGCGGAAGGCUGCGCGGGAGCGCGGAGUUCCGCAGAAAGGCGGGAAUCCCUUGCGGGGAGGGGGGAUUUUUCCGCGGCGAGGGGAUUUUUGGUUACAGCCGCGGCGGUGGGGGAACCGUCGGCUGAAGAUGACACCGCAGGGUCGGGGGAAACACCGGUGGGCGGAGCGGGUGGCGGAGCGGAGGCGGAAGAGUCGGAGGGCGGAGGCGCGGAAGAGCCGGCGGCGCUAGACGACCUCGUCGGAAGGGCGUCGCGCUUUGCGCAGAGACUGGCGCAGCGGAGACUCCAGGCGGCAGGGGAACGCGCAGGGGGAGACGCGCAGGCUGGCGGAAGGGGAAGCGGUGGCGGAAACAGCAGCGGCGGCGCAGGCGCUGGCGGAAGAGAAGGCGCGGACCACACCCGCGCGGGGGGGACGGCGGAGGGAAGCGGGGAAGGCGGAGUAGGGGGAAGCGGGGGGGACAGCGGGGGGGGCUUUCAGGCUAUUUUAGCGGCAAUAGGGGCGGGUGGGGAUGAUGAGACCGCAGGGGGGGAUGGCGACACGGAAAACGAGUGUGAUAAUAGUGAGGACGAGGAUAAAGAGGAGAGUGGUGAUACUAGCGAGGAUUCUAGCAGUGACGACAGUGAUGAUUCGGAUGGGGAGGAGGGAGAAGGGGAGGACAAAGGGGAGAGCAGCAGUAGCGGAGAGAGCAGUGACGAGAACGACAAUAGCGAGGAUGACAGUAGCGAGGAUGAUGGUAACGCGUACGGCAACCAGGCGGGCAGGGGGAGCGAGUUUUGGUUCACGUUCGGCGCGCGGACAGGGAUGAGCGACGAAGGGGAGGCGGAGGCGGAGGCGAGGGAAGGGGGCGCGCGGGGGAGGGGGAGCAGGGGCAAGCGGAAGGGGUGGGUGAGUCGGAAGGAGGCUGCGCGCGCGUUCAGGGCGCAUCCCGUGGCGCAUGCGACGCGCAAAUUCGGGCGCUUCUCUGAGUCGGACCGGUGUCACCUGGCGCAGUCCUUCCUGCCAUGUGACGGCCCCAUGGUGGUGGACAAGGUGGCGUCGCGUGCUUAUAUUGGCCAGUUCAGCGGGGAUGGAGACCUGUUCGUGGCUGGUUUCCAGCAUGGCCUUCUGGGUCCCAUGGUGGUGGACAAGGUGGCAUCACGCGCGUAUAUAGGCCAGUUCAGCGGCGACAGGGAUCUGUUCGUGGCUGGCUUUCAGGACCGUCGGAUUCGCGUGUACGAUGUGGAUCGAGGGUGGGCGUUAAGGAAGGAUGUGAUUGCUCGCAACCUGCGAUGGACCAUCACCGACACUGCACUCUCUCCUGACCAACGAUUCCUGGUGUAUGCAUCCAUCACGCCCAUCGUGCAUCUGGUGAACGUCGGCUAUGGGAGCGGGGAGGUUGAGUCGCUUGCUAAUGUCACGGACAUUCACGAGGAGCUGAACUUCACAGCAGUGGAAUCGAGACGCAGGGAGCGCAGCUUUGGCAUCUGGUCGCUCCAAUUCUCAUCCGACGGUCGGGAGCUCAUCGCGGGCAGCAGCGAUCGCUCGCUCUAUGUCUUUGAUCUGGAGAGAAACCAGCCCAUUCUUCGAGUGAAGGCCCAUCAGGACGAUGUGAAUGCAGUGGCAUUCGCGGACGAGACAUCGCAACUCAUCUACUCGGGCAGUGACGAUCGCAUCUGCAAGGUGUGGGACCGCCGCCUGCUUGACAACACCGAGCCCAUCGGCCCGUUGCGACUGCUCGACCCUGUUGGACCUCCUCCGUUCAGUCACUCUGCUGGCGGUGCUGCUAGCGCUGCUGGUUCUGCUGCUGCUGCUGCUGCUGGUGCUGGCACUGGUGCUGGUGCUGCUGGUGGUGCUAGUGGUGGUGGUGGCAGUGGUGGUGGGGGGGAGAGGCAGGGAGUGGGGUGUCGGAACAAGCCGGUGGGGGUGCUGGUGGGGCACACAGAGGGUAUAACGCAUCUGGCUUCUAAAGGGGACGCUAGAUGCUUUCUUACCAACGGCAAGGAUCAGACGAUGAAGCUGUGGGACAUCCGAACGUCUCAAAAGUCUCUGCCUACCGUUGAGACGUCUCAAAAGUCUCUGCCUACCGUUGAGACGUCUCAAAAGUCUCUGCCUACCGUUGAGACGUCUCAAAAGUCUCUGCCUACCGUUGAGACGUCUCAAAAGUCUCUGCCUACCGUUGAGGCGUCUCAAAAGUCUCUGCCUACCGUUGAGACGUCUCAAAAGUCUCUGCCUACCGUUGAGGCGUCUCAAAAGUCUCUGCCUACCGUUGAGACGUCUCAAAAGUCUCUGCCUACCGUUGAGACGUCUCAAAAGUCUCUGCCUACCGUUGAGACGUCUCAAAAGUCUCUGCCUACCGUUGAGACGUCUCAAAAGUCUCUGCCUACCGUUGAGACGUCUCAAAAGUCUCUGCCUACCGUUGAGACGUCUCAAAAGUCUCUGCCUACCGUUGAGACGUCUCAAAAGUCUCUGCCUACCGUUGAGACGUCUCAAAAGUCUCUUCCUACCGUUGAGACGUCUCAAAAGUCUCUGCCUACCGUUGAGACGUCUCAAAAGUCUCUGCCUACCGUUGAGACGUCUCAAAAGUCUCUGCCUACCGUUGAGACGUCUCAAAAGUCUCUGCCUACCGUUGAGACGUCUCAAAAGUCUCUGCCUACCGUUGAGACGUCUCAAAAGUCUCUGCCUACCGUUGAGACGUCUCAAAAGUCUCUGCCUACCGUUGAGGCGUCUCAAAAGUCUCUGCCUACCGUUGAGACGUCUCAAAAGUCUCUGCCUACCGUUGAGACGUCUCAAAAGUCUCUGCCUACCGUUGAGACGUCUCAAAAGUCUCUGCCUACCGUUGAGACGUCUCAAAAGUCUCUGCCUACCGUUGAGACGUCUCAAAAGUCUCUGCCUACCGUUGAGACGUCUCAAAAGUCUCUGCCUACCGUUGAGACGUCUCAAAAGUCUCUGCCUACCGUUGAGACGUCUCAAAAGUCUCUUCCUACCGUUGAGACGUCUCAAAAGUCUCUGCCUACCGUUGAGACGUCUCAAAAGUCUCUGCCUACCGUUGAGACGUCUCAAAAGUCUCUGCCUACCGUUGAGACGUCUCAAAAGUCUCUGCCUACCGUUGAGACGUCUCAAAAGUCUCUGCCUACCGUUGAGACGUCUCAAAAGUCUCUGCCUACCGUUGAGACGUCUCAAAAGUCUCUGCCUACCGUUGAGACGUCUCAAAAGUCUCUGCCUACCGUUGAGGCGUCUCAAAAGUCUCUGCCUACCGUUGAGACGUCUCAAAAGUCUCUGCCUACCGUUGAGACGUCUCAAAAGUCUCUUCCUACCGUUGAGACGUCUCAAAAGUCUCUGCCUACCGUUGAGACGUCUCAAAAGUCUCUUCCUACCGUUGAGACGUCUCAAAAGUCUCUGCCUACCGUUGAGACGUCUCAAAAGUCUCUGCCUACCGUUGAGACGUCUCAAAAGUCUCUGCCUACCGUUGAGACGUCUCAAAAGUCUCUUCCUACCGUUGAGACGUCUCAAAAGUCUCUGCCUACCGUUGAGACGUCUCAAAAGUCUCUUCCUACCGUUGAGACGUCUCAAAAGUCUCUGCCUACCGUUGAGACGUCUCAAAAGUCUCUGCCUACCGUUGAGGCGUCUCAAAAGUCUCUUCCUACCGUUGAGACGUCUCAAAAGUCUCUGCCUACCGUUGAGACGUCUCAAAAGUCUCUGCCUACCGUUGAGACGUCUCAAAAGUCUCUGCCUACCGUUGAGACGUCUCAAAAGUCUCUGCCUACCGUUGAGACGUCUCAAAAGUCUCUGCCUACCGUUGAGACGUCUCAAAAGUCUCUGCCUACCGUUGAGACGUCUCAAAAGUCUCUGCCUACCGUUGAGACGUCUCAAAAGUCUCUGCCUACCGUUGAGGCGUCUCAAAAGUCUCUGCCUACCGUUGAGACGUCUCAAAAGUCUCUGCCUACCGUUGAGACGUCUCAAAAGUCUCUUCCUACCGUUGAGACGUCUCAAAAGUCUCUGCCUACCGUUGAGACGUCUCAAAAGUCUCUGCCUACCGUUGAGACGUCUCAAAAGUCUCUGCCUACCGUUGAGACGUCUCAAAAGUCUCUGCCUACCGUUGAGACGUCUCAAAAGUCUCUGCCUACCGUUGAGACGUCUCAAAAGUCUCUGCCUACCGUUGAGACGUCUCAAAAGUCUCUGCCUACCGUUGAGACGUCUCAAAAGUCUCUGCCUACCGUUGAGACGUCUCAAAAGUCUCUGCCUACCGUUGAGACGUCUCAAAAGUCUCUGCCUACCGUUGAGACGUCUCAAAAGUCUCUGCCUACCGUUGAGACGUCUCAAAAGUCUCUGCCUACCGUUGAGACGUCUCAAAAGUCUCUGCCUACCGUUGAGACGUCUCAAAAGUCUCUGCCUACCGUUGAGACGUCUCAAAAGUCUCUGCCUACCGUUGAGACGUCUCAAAAGUCUCUGCCUACCGUUGAGACGUCUCAAAAGUCUCUGCCUACCGUUGAGACGUCUCAAAAGUCUCUGCCUACCGUUGAGACGUCUCAAAAUCUCCCCCCUCCGCGAAUCCCCUUCUUCCAGUGGGACUAUCGUUGGAUGGACUACCCGGGGAGGGGCAUGAGAGUCGCCCAUCCCAGCGACCAGUCACUCAUGACCUACCGCAACCACCACGUGCUGCAGACGCUCAUCCGCUGCUAUUUCUCGCCUCUGCACUCCACGGCCCAGCGCUUUGUGUACUCUGGGUCGCAUGACGGCGCUGUGUAUAUCUUUGACCUGCUGACAGGCAAGCAAGUGGCGAAGCUGAAACACCACGGGUCGACAGUCAGGGAUUGCUCCUGGCACCCCACACGGCCAGCCCUGGCGUCGGUGGGGUGGGACGGCAAGGUGGCUCUCUGGGAGAGCUUUCAUGGGGAGACUCCGCCAGAGUGCAAGAAGAUGCGGCAGAUCCCCGUGACUAAUCAUGAGGACUUAUUUGACGAGUAG